AUGGCGAUGAGAUGGUUUGACAGCCUCAAGCUAAACUCCAUCAAUUCUUUUAAGCAACUAACACAGUAUUUCGGUGCUCACUUCAUAACGAGUAGCAAGGUUCCUCAGCCUUUAGAUUCCCUCAUGUCCUUGUCCAUGCGAGAAGGAGAGACCCUGAAGGCUUACUUGGACAGGUAUUGGGAGAUGUAUAACGAGAUAGAGGGAAAUUACGAUGACGUUGCCAUCAGCACAUUCAAGAGAGGCAUGUCGAUAGAGCACGGUUUAAGAAAGUCCUUGACAGGGAAACUAGUCACCAGCGUGCGCCAACUCAUGGACCGAAUCAACAAGUACAAGAGGGUCGAAGAGGACCAACAGACGGGAAAGGGCAAGGCGAAGGUUGUCCCUCAAGAGAUGAGGGACUUCAAGUCGGACCGAUUUAACAACAGUAAUCGGCUGAGAAGGAAUUACUCGGAACAAUUUGGAUCUACCGAGGCACAGGCAGUCCAUGCUGUGUUUCGAGAACCAUUACAUAAGAUCUUAGAGAAGGUCAAGGACGAAUCAUUCUUUCAAUGGCCAAGUAGGAUGGCAGGCGACCCUGCAAAGCGCAACCAGAACCUAUAUUGCGAAUAUCACCAAGAACCGGGCCACACCACCAAUGACUGUAGAAAUCUGAAAAACCACUUAGACCGGCUGGUCCGAGAGGGAAAGCUGAGACACCUCUUGCAUCAUUCUAUUGGACGGCAAGAGCAAACAAGCAUCGAGGCAAGGCAAAGCACAUUGAGACCGCCCAUUGGCACGAUAAAUGUCAUUCUUGCCGGUCCAAGAAAAACCAACUCCCAUCCUUUCAGAGUGAUAUCGGUGGCCCGACUCCCUAUGGAAGCUGACGACCGGGAGUCUAAGAGGGCCAAAGGGAUGGCCUCGCCCAUACUCGGAUUCUCGGAUGAGGACAAAGUUGGAACGAUCCAACCCUACGACGAUGCUCUAAUCGUCACACUCAGGAUUGGGGGAUAUGACGUGAAGAGGGUGCUAGUCGACUAG